AUGGCGAACAAUUUAAACACUGCAUUGGCUCGUAAGCCCGUGAUUCACGAAUUUCCAAAUAUUAAUCUACCUUUUCCUCCUGUUAUUAAAGCAAAGGAUUUUAUUGAUCCCGAAACCAAUUCAGCCAACACUUCCUCCACCAACCACGAGGCUGCCACUGUCAACACCAACACCACUGCUAUUUAUAAAAACAGCAAAAAGAAAAUCAAUAAAUUAACUACAAAAGCUCCCAACAAAUUUUUUAUUUACCGUAAAGCUUGGGUUAUGGAAUUAAGAGAAAGGGGGUUUCAAUACCCAAUGACUGAAAUUUCUGGCUUCAUAGCAAAGAAAUGGCAAGAGGAGACUCCAGAACGUAAAAACGCCUACGUUAAAAUUGCUAUGGAAGCAAAAACCCUACAUAAACAAAAAUUCGGUGAUAAAAUCAAAUAUAAUAAUAACAAUGAUUUCACCUCGGCUUCAUCUCAACCUAAAAAGACUAUCAAAAAAAAAUCAAAAUUUAGCCAAUUUAAACAGCCAAUGGUAUCGUUACAUAAUCAUACAACCAUUCCUUCUUCUUCACUAAUAUUACCUACCCCUGGGACCACUCCAACUCUUCCUACUCCUAUUGCUUCUCCAAUACUACCCCCAUCUUCUUCAUACAUUGAUGACAAUUAUUUUAACGAAUUCAUCAAUAUUGAUAAUAAUACAACCAUCACCUCUAACAAUAACAACGAGGAAAAUUUACCAUGUGUUUGUGAUUCACCUUCAACCGUUCAUAGUAGUAGUGAAAAUGGUGAUUUGGAGGAAAUUGAUCCGGAUUUAUUUACUUUUUUAAUUUAG